AACACAUCCAAAUAGACACGCUUAUGGCGAGUUCUCUACGGGUGUUCUGUCCAAGGAAGGCUCUUGAAAGCAAGUAAAAAAUGGCUUUAGAUCAACUUCACGACGUGAUACGGAGAUGUCAAGCGAUUCCGGAUGAUGGCUUUAAAGCAGAAGACUAUGACCAGUUCCAGAUGGCAGGCCGCUCCUGCCUGGAGGAAGGGAAGACAGCCGAGGUGAUGGACAUCGUAACAGAGGAGAAGAACAAGGAGAUUGUGAAGAGUAUGGGCUGGAACCUGCUGGGCCCCCUUGUGAAAAUUGUUCUAAGGAAGGAAGCAGAGAGUCUGCAGCAUUGCCUGACAACACUGAAACAUGUAUUAGAAGUCUGUAGUCCUAAAGAGCUUCUGGUGGGCCUACUUGAACAGAUUGAAGAUGCUGAUGUGGAUAACAUAGCAGAAACCAUCAUACUGCUUUUGCAGCCCCUACAGACAGCUCUUCUAAAACUGGGCAAGAAGAAGGCCUCUUCACUGGGCAUGUCUUUGUCAACAGUUCUGAAUCAGAUCUCCCAGCUCCCAGUACCCUACACCAAAGAACAAGAAGAGGACGAUGUCUAUGGUCUUUGCCAGUGUUGCGCUGCCCUGAUUGAGUUUGUCAAGCCGUUCGUGGAUGAAGUCGACCGAGGUCGAGAGAGUAAGCCGAUCGUUGCCGAGAAUGAGCAAAGAACUGAGCUGCUAAAAUUCUGUAUGAAGAGCUUGGGCAACCCAGUGCUGCAAUCACAGCUGAACAAGGUCCCUGGAUCUGCAGAGGACUCCCCUUUGAGACACUUUGCUGCCGAAAUCCUAGUCAUUCUGUCUUGCAUUGGGGAGUCCUUACCUGCACUACUGCUUCAUCACCUAGUAAAAAAGAAGGCAGAGCCGGGCUUUCUUGAAGAAGACGUGAAGUACCCCAAGGAGUCUCUGGCCUGUCUGUCCUAUUUGUUGUUUGUUCAGCACAUUGGCAUUGAAAGAUUCCCUACAGUCUUCAGCCCUCUAUUUAUUCUUCAGUUUAAUAUGCAGUACAUUGAAGUCCUGUUGAAAAGCACAGAAGAGUCGAUGUUAUCCAAGGGUCUGGAAUUGUAUGAGAAAAGCCUGCAGAGGAUUGAAGACAACAUCCUCCCGAUGCAGCUUUUGGAAGUGAAGCGCUUUCUUAGUGUGCCGCAGGACUUGGUGACAGUGAUGACGCUAUGUCCUAUACAGCAUUUGAGAACAGAAGCACUUGCGGUCUUUCAGCUCUAUAUGGAUAAAUUUGACACCGAAGGAAAGCAUAAAUUGUUCGGGUGCCUUUUAAAGAUCAGUCAACAUGCAGGAGUACAAGGCUACAUUAUAAAAAACAUCAAAAAUCAGAUAGAUUUAUCCCUGAAGCCAGGUAACAGUAAUGUUUGGUUCUCAGGACCACAGCUGCUUCCUCUUCUACAUCUCGUCCUGUCUCUGCCCGAAGGACCUGAAACAGACCUGCUUCAGAACUUCGACAGGAUUAUGGGGUCACUGAACCUUCUGAGGUACUUAUUAAUUCGGGACAAAGAAUGGGAAAACCAUACUGGAAUAUGGACAGAACUCUAUAAGAUUGAAGAAAACUUCUUGAAACUGUUGCACACUGGACUGAAGAUGUCAAAGGCACACUAUGAAGCAGAGAUUAAGAACACAAAAGAAAACAACAGAACAGGACCGAAAGAAAGUAAGGCUGUCUGCACACUUACAGUAGGUGGUGAGAAGCUGUCUAAUAUGACUCCAGAGAUGCACCUUCAAGUUCUGCAGUCAGCGAUGUUCACUUUUGAUUUAAUAGAGAGCGUCCUGGCCCGAAUAGAAGAGCUCAUCGAGGUGAAAGUAAAACCCUAACCAGAAGAAAAGUGGGUCAAAUGGCAUAUUAGUGUCAUGGCUUUUGUGUCUUUGAUAUUGGUUGUUUAAAUAUUAUUAAAUCCUACACCAUUCUAAGGAUUAGAAGAGCAAUGGAGUAUGUCUGGGUUUUCUACAAUUAGCAGCAUGUUAAAAAAAAAAAAAAAAAAAAAAAGGAAUUUAUUCUAAUUUACCAGCACUUAGCACUCCACUCUAUUUUCAUUUAAUGUCAGAUAUUAAAGAGCAAAGUGUUCUAAAUACAUUUAAACAUACUCUUAAUGCUGUAGCUAUUGUUUUUAA